AUGGUUGACGAGAGUGGAGAAAGCGAGUUGGAAGCAAUAAUGUUUAUUCUUUAUGAAGAAAGAAAACAAGAAAUCGACUAUUUAAUCAAAGAAACAGAGAGGAGAAUAGAAUUGGAGAAUGUAUUAAAAAGUAAAAGAACUGAUGAGUUAAUUGCUUUGAAAAAUAGAAUAAUUAAAUCUGAAAGAGAUGUAGUUGAAUUAAAAGCAGAAAAAGGACAAGUUGAUGAAGAGUUGAAUGCUUUGAAAGAAACAAAUAAAGAAUUAUGGAGACAAUUAAAAAAGUCAGAAAAUACUAAUUUCGCCUUGUGA